GACAGUAUUAUCCAGACUACAAUAAAAAUAGGACGUUUUUGUUACUUAAAUGCUUUGUUAAUUGUUGUUUUUGUGUUGGCAUUGAGUUUGAUUACCGACUGUGAAAAUUAUAUCACUGUGAUGGCCGCCGGACUGGGAUGGAAAGUGAUUCUAGUGACCCUGGGAUUAUUUCUAGAAAUAGCAGCAGAAGUGAUUAAGCUUAAUAUAACGAGCAACUGGAAACCAGAGUUCGGAUGGGAAGUAAUAUGUUCUUGGGAGAUGCUGCCUAAUGACACGUUACAAUCGGUGCGCCUACAAAACAAUGGCCAGCAAUUCAUGAUUUAUAGACCCGAGAUACAUGGAGCAUCUAGAGCCGAAAUAUUCAGAACACCGGAAAAUGUUAUGAACGUUGACUGCACACUCACCGCUAUGAAAGGUCGCCGAGGAAAAUGUGUUCUCAGUAUUGAACCUUACCAGCCACCAACUAUUGACUUCACGUACACCUGCGAAGUGUCAGGAGAAAGACCCAAGUUUAUGAUUGAAAGAAAAGAUUACGUUGUGAAGACACUUGUACCACCAAGCGCAGCAAAGUUGGAAUACAAGGCUUACGAAGAAGUACCACCAGGUCGCGUGAUGUUAAACUGCACCUCCAGCGGUUUACCAGCACCGAGCUUACAAUGGACUGUCGCUGAUGAUAAGGUCCAGGCUGACUUUACAGGGAGGUUAUGGAAUGCAACCUCGAAGCUAUGGCAUGUUUGGUCAUUCUUGGCCUACACUCGAUCUGAGCGAUCUUCUACAGUAACAUGCACUCCAGAAGUUCAUUCUCACAAUGAACUUAUAAAAGGGGCACCGGCAAUGUACAGCUCUGCUAAUGCGUUUGGUAAUCAUUUUUAGCAACUUUUGUAGGUUUUAACUUAAGCCAAUUUGGUUAGUGAUCAACUGUUCAGAAUCUCGCCUUAAAAUGUAUAGCACAUGAAUAUACUCCCCGAUUAAAGGUCCGGACACACUGAAAUUGUUAAUUGCAGUUUUAAAUGUGCCAACAUUCAUCACCAUCACCGCAUGUUUAGUGUAAAGAGAAAUAUUACAAGGACAUAAGUCUCAACAUGCACUGAGACAAUACUCUUCUUCCUCCCCUAACUCACAACAGUCCACACAUAGAAGUUACUCCUAUUGGUAGAACUGUUCCAUAUCACCAGUCUAUGGGAUUUUAGAUUAACAUUUCUAAAUAAAACUGCAUGUAUAAUAGCUAUGGAUGGGUCGGUUCAACUGGCGAAGUAUCACGAUCGCACAGAAACGAGCUUGAUUCAUACAAAUGGUAAAAUUAAAAACUUUGUAUAACCGACUUCAAUAUAAAUUAUUACGGAUAACUCAAAAACCACUGAUCAGACCUUGAUCAAAUUUAUAUGGGACCAUAUGACAAGCACCAGCUUUUAAAUAAAAAAAAGAAUUUUCCAAAUCGGUUCAGGCAUCUUCGAAUAAUCGGUGCAAUUACAAAAAAAUCCGACGAAUUGAGAACCUCCUCAUUUCUGAAGUUGGUUGAAAAUGGUGACAAAAUCGCAGACUCUUUUUACUGGUAACGAGGCAUUCCAUCUUAAUCCUAAGGGUCGAUAAAGCGUCUGCAUUUUGGUUCUUAAUUUAGGAUAAAUGUAAGUUUCUAUGGGGCACAUUCACUUACUAUCAGUUAUUCGUUUAUCAAAUUAUUGCAAUAUAUAAACAAACCUACUUACCUCGUUAUACUUCCUACGUGCUACAACCACGCCGUAACUGUGUCAUAGCCACUGGGUCGACCCGAUCGAAGGACCACGCUCUCACAGAAUACCAGCGUAAAAUAACAGCAUUAUUCUGCUCUUUCGUAUGUUAAGUGACUUUAAACGAAAACACUUUUCACUGGCAACGCCUAUCUUAGUUAUCGACUAAGAAUUAAAACACGUCUCUAAUUUGUUAGUCCCGGAUAGAUGUCCAUUACCACCAGGUAGACUAUGCGCUUAUCAACCACCUUUACUUUUUGUUAUAAAACUAUAGUGACAAUCGAAGUUACAGUUCUCCUGAUGGUAAGUGGCUACUGCAGUCCAUGGACACCACAGCCAACUUCAAACAAAGAAGAACCCGAAACAAUUAUUCGUAGGCCGUACAAAUACUUGUUCCGUGCGAGAUUCCAGCCGCAGCCCUCAGCGCUGCAACUCAAUGUAUGGCAACGGCACUUCGGAGCAGUCAAACCUCACCUCACUUCACCUCUGAAAACUAACAUGGAAUGUCUUACAGCCAGUAAUUAUCCUGGCUCUUUUACCCCUCAAACCGGAACAUUGCAGUACAAGAACACCUGGCCAGACGGAAUCCUAGAUAGAAAAGGAGUCUUACACAAAUUACUUUUUUUUUUAUAGGAUAAGGGUGACAAACGAGCUUACAGUCCACCUGAUGGUAAGUGGUUGCUGCGGCCCAUAGACAUCUACAUCUAUUCUCUGUUACAAAUCAAAAUGUAGAUGCGUUGUCACCCGUGAGGACUAAGAUGGAAUGCCUCAUUUCCAGUAAAAAGGGCCUCCGGCCACCUGCACUCACCAAGCGAAACGCAGAGGUAAACCUCUACUUCACGCUGGUUUUCUGUGAGGUCGUGGUACUACCCCGGUUCGAGCCGGCCCAUCCGUGCGACAGCAAAAGCUGCCGCGUGGCUCUACCACUGUUAAAACUCUUAAGCUUAAGCUAAACACUUAAGCGUCUCACUGCUGGGCACGGGCCUCCUCUUAUUUCCGAGAGCAUUUUAGGGCAAGGAAGUGCCCGCCGCGCUGCCCAAAUGCGUGUUGGCGAACUUCACAUGUCUUCGAAAUAUUUCUUAUUCUUAUUUCUCAGACAUGCAAGUUUCCUCACGAUGAUUUCCUUCACCGCCGAGCACGUAGUAAAUCAGCAUUUAAACUGCAAUUAACAAUUUCAUUGGUAUCCGCGGGGAUCGAACGCCCGGGUUGCUCGCGUACUGUGAAAUUUACAGCGAGCGCUAUCUUUUUUUUAUCGUGAGGAAAUCCUCAUGGAUACCUCCCGCUGCGGAAGCAAAGAAAAGGUUAUGCCGGACUCCUACCGGCUAAAACAUCACGGCGGUCACCAUCAUUGCUUUGCUACACUAAUAGCACGUCCCGGAGGCAGUACUCGCUGCCCCCAGCACCCUCGCAGUGCUACCAUGAUGUCUCGAGACCACUUCUGAGUCAUCGUCCUCCUCAGGGGUUACAUCACUAGGCGUUCGAGGCCCCCGCCCCGAGCGUCUGCAACCCCGGAAGCCCCGCUUCUGGUAAGGGAACACUAUUUUCAAGAGGAGGGCCGUCACGAACGCCUUGGCGACGUCGUCUCCGCGUGGGAUCUGCUCUCUCCCGAUCCCGCUCAGAAGCCUCCUUCUUAAUCUUAACAGAUUCACAUAAGAUCGCUACGGCCCUCCACGCCGAAUCCCCGCUCAGGAUCGCCGACACAACUGCUGGCAGGGAGAGGUUCCAUCCGAUGAGGUUCACCAAGAUCGUCCGCUCCCGUUCCCACGCUGAGCAUACUGCGAACGUAUGGAAAGCGGAGUCCUGGUCCCGUCCACCAUAGUGGAAGACAUUCGCCGUUGCCUCGUGUUCCAUCUUACACAGAUAAUCACCGAAGCACCCAUGCCCGGUAAUUAUCUGUGUAAGUCUGUAGGUGUCUUCCUGCUCGCUUCAUCGCAUUCAGGUCUUCACUGCAUUCAGGCCUCGAACACCGGCAGGAUUGCUCCAAUGACGCGUUUGCGUUCAUAGUGCUAACUGUCUGAGCUAACCCAGUUGUACUAAAUUACUUGCGUAAACUAAUUGUAUAAAGAUAAUAUUUUGCAUGUUACUCGUUACACCCCUAAAUAGAGUUGCAGGCUUGCAGGAUAAAAAAAAUAAUUCUUACUUUGCAGGUAUUCAAGCUAUUAUAGCAGUCCCCAUCGUACUAAUGCUUCAUAGGUGACGUGUAUAUUUCAAUGGAAGGUUAAUAUAGAUACUUAAUAAAACAAAAUGACACUUCAAAGUUUUUAUUUUUGCUAUAUUAUUGUUGUGAACAUCUUUUUAUUAAGCUGCGGUUACACUAUAAUUAUAAUACAAAUAUAAUGCCACGUUCCUAACCAUCAAGUAUGACGGAGUAGUUUUUGAUUGCCUAAGUUUAAAUAUAGCUAGCAGACUGAUAGAAUAUGUUCCUUAAAUAUUACGUUUUAUUAAAGAUACAGAAUGGAUGGCGAAUUUAUUAUAAUAACUGUUUUUGAAACAAAAAUAAUAAUGGCGAUUGUUCUUAUUUUCUAUUAUUAACAUGGUUUCCUACAUUUAGAUAACUUUUAUAUUUUUCAUUUGUCAUUUUUAUGCAAACUAUUUAUACAAAGCAUUUCUGUAAAAAAAUUAAUACCGAUAAGAAAUAUUUAUAUAUUAUGGUAUUAGGCAAACAACAAUUAUUAUCGGAGUGAAUCACGUUAGUGUAACGGCAGCUUAAUUAGCUAAGAUUCAAAUACAUGUUGUAUAUUUAUAAAAAAAAAAUCUUUUAAAUUGCAGUAUGGGCAACAUGCAGACAGGCAGUUUUCGUUACUUUUUAUAAUUUUAAUAUUCUUAUUUAGCUCCGUGUAUUACUGCAGUGUAAAAGAUUUUUUUACAAUAAGAUUUCUUUGGCAAAUAUGCUGAGUUACUUUUACAUAAUAUAAAGUAGAUUUAUAUAGUCUUGUUUUUUAUCUUGGCUACAUAAUUAUUUUAUGAUUAAAAUUCGAAAUAAAUUUAGCUAAUAGUUAACAUAGAGAAAAGUUACGUAAAUAUUUUUUUCGUAGAGCUUUUAGUUACCAAUUAUGUGCGAGAUUUUAUAGGUUUUUAAAUGGAAUUACUUAUUAAUAAUAGGAUUUAUGAGAUUGUAAAUAAUAAAAUUAUUAUGGACGC